UAUAUUAAUAUUUUCAAUCCAAACACAGCUUUAGCCUUUACUUUCGCUUAAUUCGCUUGCUCUCUCUCUCUCUCUCUCUCUCUCACUUCGCCUUUGACCCAUCGAAACUUGCCGGCAGGUAGCCGUCUUCCAAUUAAAUACUCUACCUUCAAAUUUCAAUCCCUUCCCCAUUUAACAUUCCUCAUCUUCUCUCAUCUGUAUAUAAAUUUCCCUUUUUUUUCCUCCAUAUUUCCAUUUACUCAUCUUCUUCUUCCGAACCCAAGUGUAUUCGUAACUCUCUCUGUACCCACCAUGAUUUUCCCUUCAAAAAGAAGGAAAAGACUUAUGAAAAUUCCCUUUUCACCACAAAAAGCUCUGCUAUAGAUCACCAAAUUUCCCAACUUUUUGGUUUUGGGAAGUGGGUUUUUGCCCCAAAAUUUCAAAAGAAGAAAAAGAAUGAUUCUUUCCAACCCAUUCUUUCUUGUACUUGUAACCGUCUGUAUAUUUGUAGCAAUCCGUGUGGCUCUGUACAAAACUGGGUUGGUUUUUCUUGUGAAGAAAUGGUGGAGGCGAUUCGAAGACUGCUUCCAUGUCUACCAAUCUUUCAAAGUCCCAGAAUUGAACGAAAGCAUGCAGGAAAAUCACCUCUAUGGCAAAGUCACCGACUAUCUCAACUCUCUCACCUCCAUUGAAGAAUCGGAUUUCACCAAUCUCGUCACGGGCAAAAAACCCAAUGAAAUUGUACUCAAGCUCGACCGAAACCAGACCAUCGAAGACGACUUCCUCGGCGCCAAGGUGCUAUGGGAAACAGGGGCCAGUACAGACAGUACGAGCAGAAGCUUAGUGUUGAAGAUUCGAAAAGCCGAUAAGCGUCGGAUUCUCAGGCCUUAUUUGCAGCACAUCCAUGUCGUCGCUGAUGAGCUGGAGCAGAAAAAACGGGACUUGAGGCUUUUCAUGAACGUUGAAGCACCCAAUCGAGCAUGGAGAGCCGUCCCGUUCACGCACCCAUCGACCUUGGAGACCAUAACCAUGGAAGCCGAUCUCAAAUCCAAGGUAAAAUCCGAUUUGGAGUCGUUUCUCAAGGCCAGGCAGUAUUACCACAGACUGGGUCGGGUUUGGAAACGGAGCUUUUUGCUAUACGGGCCAUCAGGCACUGGAAAAUCAAGCUUUGUGGCCGCCAUGGCCAAUUUCCUCAACUACGAUGUGUACGAUCUCGAUCUAUCGAGAGUCAAAGACGAUUCACAGCUGAAGACGCUACUGUUGCAGACGACGACCAAGUCGGUAAUUGUGAUAGAGGAUUUGGACCGAUAUCUCGCCGAGAAAUCGACGGGUUUGAGCUUUUCGGGGAUAUCGAAUUUCAUGGACGGGUUGUUGAACUCGUGCUGCGCGGAGGAGCGGGUCAUGGUGUUCACGAUGAACUCGAAGGACCACGUUGACCCGGCCUUUCUGCGGCCGGGUCGGAUCGACGUCCAUAUCCAUUUUCCGCUCUGCGAUUUCGGAGCCUUCAAAAAUCUAGCGACGAGUUAUUUGGGGGUGAAAGAGCACAAGCUUUUUUCUCAGGUGGAGGAGAUUUUUCUGAAUGGGUCAAGUUUGAGCCCGGCCGAGAUCGGCGAGUUAAUGAUCGCGAACCGGAACUCGCCGAGUCGGGCCAUUAAAUCGGUCAUCACGGCUCUGCAAACGGACGGCGAUGGGAGGGGGAUCGGCAUGUUCGGGCGGCGGGUGGGGUUUGAUGUCGGGUCGAGAAAGUCCGGGGACGAAAUGGUUGAACCCGGCGGGGUGUUUUGCGGGGAAGGCGCUCAUACCGUUAGGGACUUUAGGAAGUUGUAUGGGUUCUUGAGGAUGAAGAGCAACAGGAGCUCUCAUUCUCAGUCGUUCGAUGCUGGCUCGGCGAACAGGGAUGGCUGAUCGGACGGCUUGGAAAUGGCGAUGGUUUGAAGGGGCAUGUUCGAUGCAACGUGUCGAGUUGUAAUUGGGGGGACAUUGCUCUUGGGUCUCUGGAAGAACAGAGAAUCAAUAUAGAGGGAAAUGCAGCAGAAUACAGCUUAAUUUAAUUAGAACCAAAAACCAACAAUUUGUUUUGAUAUUUGUUUGAUAUUUGGAUAUUUGGUAGUUGGGAUUGGAUGCUUUGUGGAAAGAUUAAUUGACACAAUUGGGAAUGUGAUUCUGUCUUUCUCC